GUCAUAAAACAGCCCGUGUUCCAAACAGAAACAAGGAGCUCUCAGUCGCAAGGUGUAUGGGAGAAAAGAGCGAGUGACAGAGAGUGAGAGACGAAAAACUACACAGAGAGCAUUUGUUGAGAGAGAGAGAGAGAGAGAGAGUUGGACUUACACUCACAUGCUCUUCAUCUCGUGCUGAAUAACAAAACAGUGCCACAAAGUUUACCUGUGAAACCUGUGGUUGCUUCAGGAACAGGAGAGUGAAUGGAUACGUUCUGCAGCCUCAGUGGCCUUGACCCUCUUUGGGAUUGGAACCAGACAUGGUACACACACACACCUGAACUGAGUGACUGUUUCCAGAACACAGUGCUGGUGUGGGCACCAUGUAUCUACCUGUGGCUUUGUUCACCGUUCUACUGCCUUCAUCUGUACUGCCAUGGUCGAGGACGCCUGCCCCUGUCGCUGCUCUGCAGCGCCAAGCUGUUGCUGGGCUUCUUCUUGGCUUCCUUUGGCUUCGUUGAAUUCUUCUACAUCCUGUUGGAGCGAAACCAAGAGAUCCACCGCCACUUCAUCUUUCUCCUGGGCUCGGUCAUACGCAGCCUCACUGUGGUGUUAGCGGUGUGUAUCAUCCAGUGGGAACGAGUGCGAGGCUGCCGUUCUUCCGUGGUGCUCUUCCUGUACUGGCUGCUCAGUGUGGUGUGUUCUCUCAUCCCUCUGAGGGCCAAGAUCCAGCUAGCCGUCGAACAGGGUCUCACUCCUGAUAUCGUGCACUACUUGGCCUUUUUCUCAUACUUCGGCCUUCAACUGGCGCAGCUCUUCCUCAGCUGUUUUGCAGACCACGCUCCUCCAGGCAAAGUCGUCCAGCAGAACGCGUGCCCUGUUCAGGAUGCGUCCUUUUUGUCAAAGAUGCUUUUCUGGUGGUUCAGUGGGUUGGUUGUUAAAGGUUACCGCACGCCUCUACAAGCAGAAGAUCUGUGGUCCCUGCGUGACGAGGACACGUCGCAUAAAAUCCUCUCGGAUCUGGAAGAGGAAUGGACCAGGGAGCGCACGAAACUGCAGCAGCAGGAGAAGCAACUCGGAAGCAGUGUGGUGUUGGGGAACCGCUUGCCAGAUCAGGCUCAGCUCCUGAGGAAGCUCCAGAAGGAACAAAGCUCAGGCUUCUGUCUUUUACGGACGCUUGCUCGCAACUUCGGGCCCUACUUCCUGUCCGGAACUCUGUGUCUCGUGGUCCAUGAUGCUUUCAUGUUUGCCAUUCCACAAGUCCUCAGUCUGCUGUUGGCCUUCAUGAGGGAGCAGGAAGCUCCGCUGUGGAAAGGAUAUUUCUACGCCACGCUCAUGUUUCUCCUCUCCUGCCUACAGUCCCUCUUCAACCACCAGUACAUGUAUUCCUGCUUCACCGUGGGCAUGAGAGUCAAGACGGCCGUCAUGGGCCUCGUCUACAGGAAGUCUCUGGUGAUAAACAACGCAGCACGGAGAACGUGUACCGUAGGAGAGAUCGUGAAUCUGGUCUCAGCUGACACUCAAAAGCUCAUGGAUUUUGUCGUGUACUUCAACGCCGUGUGGCUCGCUCCUAUAGAGAUCGCCCUCUGCCUCUUCUUUCUCUGGCAGCACCUGGGACCAUCUGCUCUGGCCGGCAUCACCACGGUGUUUCUCAUCUUCCCUCUGAACGGAUUCAUCGCCAAGAAGAGAAGCAAACUACAGGAGAUCCAGAUGAAGUUCAUGGAUGGCCGAAUCAAGCUUAUGAACGAAAUCCUGAACGGCAUCAAAAUCCUGAAGUUUUACGCCUGGGAAAAGGCUUUCCUUGAGCAGGUCUUGGGUUACAGAGAAAAAGAGCUUAAAGCCUUAAAGAAGUCCCAGAUCCUCUACUCCAUCUCCAUGGCUUCCUUUAACUCUUCGACCUUCCUGAUCGCCUUUGCCAUGUUUGGCGUUUAUGUUCUGAUAGACGAAAAGAACGUGUUGGACGCUCAGAAGAUUUUUGUCUCCAUGGCACUCAUCAACAUCCUGAAGACUCCUCUGAGCCAACUUCCUUUUGCCAUGAGCACCACCAUGCAGGCUGUUGUCUCACUUAAGCGUUUGGGGAAAUAUUUGUGCCAGCAAGAGCUAAAACCAGACAACGUGUCCAGAGGUCCUUUGAAGUCGGACGAAGAAGGUGUCCUGGUCGAGAACGGGACUUUCAGUUGGUCUAAAGAUGGACCUCCUUGUCUGAAAAGGAUCAGUGUGAGAGUUCCUCGUGGUGCAUUGGUCGCAGUUGUCGGCCAUGUCGGCAGCGGAAAGUCAUCCUUGCUCUCCGCUAUGCUCGGAGAGACGGAGAGGAGAAGCGGUAGCGUUUCUAUCAAGGGAUCGGUGGCAUACGUCCCUCAGCAGGCCUGGAUUCAGAAUGCUACACUGCAGGACAACAUCCUAUUUGGCAAAGAGAACAAGAAGAGCUGGUACCAGCAUGUGUUGGAGGCCUGCGCUCUGCUGCCCGACCUUGACAUUCUGCCUGCAGGAGAUGCCACUGAGAUCGGCGAGAAGGGUUUGAACCUGUCUGGAGGUCAGAAGCAGAGGGUGAGUCUGGCUCGUGCCGUCUACAGGAAAGCUGAUAUCUAUUUGCUGGAUGAUCCUCUCUCUGCUGUGGAUGCCCACGUGGGUCAACACAUCUUUGAUAAGGUCAUCGGGCCCAAGGGUGUACUGAGAGACAAGACCCGCAUCCUGGUGACCCACGGGACAAAUUUCCUGCCCCAGGCUGAUCUGAUCCUGGUGCUGGUUGAAGGAGAGAUCACGGAGAGCGGCUCCUACCAGGAGCUGCUGAAUCGUAAUGGAGCCUUCGCAGACUUCAUCCACACUUUUGCGGGCUCUGAGAGGAAGGAGAGCUCCACGCAGAGAGGAUCCAGAAAGUCCUGUUCAAGGCUCAGCGUAACAGAUUUCAUGCCAUUCUCCAGGGACCUCUCUCAGGAGCAACUUAUUGGUGGUGACACAAACGGUGUCACUAUUCAGAGUGUAGACCCUGAUAUUGAGCAGGAACAAAUUCCUGAAGACCUGGGAAAACUGACUGAAGUGGACAAGGCUCGCAUAGGCAGGGUAAAACUGGAGAUGUACGUCGAGUACUUCCGCACCAUCGGUUUGGGUCUUAUCGUGCCCAUUCUCUUCCUGUAUGCCUUUCAACAGGGUGCUUCUCUGGCAUACAACUACUGGCUGAGCAUGUGGGCUGAUGAGCCCAUUAUUAACGGUACACAGCUCAACACCGACAUGAAGCUGGGUGUUUAUGGAGCUCUUGGGUUUGCACAAGGCAUAGCCAUUUUUGGCACCACAGUGGCCAUCUCUAUCGGGGGAAUCAUUGCGUCUCGUCAGUUGCACCUGGACCUGCUGAAGAAUGUGCUCCACUCACCCAUGUCCUUCUUCGAGUCCACUCCCAGCGGCAAUCUGCUAAAUCGCUUCGCCAAGGAAAUUGACGCCAUUGACUGCAUGAUACCUGAUGGACUUAAGAUGAUGUUGGGCUAUGUGUUCAAGCUGAUGGAGGUGGGCAUCAUAGUGCUGCUUGCCACACCUUUCGCAGCAGUCAUCAUUCUUCCCCUGGCUCUGCUCUACGCCUUUGUGCAGAGUUUCUACGUGGCCACAUCGUGCCAGCUUAGGCGUUUGGAGUCCGUGAGCCGCUCUCCCAUCUACACCCACUUUAACGAGACGGUGCAAGGUGCCAGUGUGAUACGAGCCUUUGGGGAACAAGCACGCUUCAUUCAUCAGGCCAAUCAGAGGGUGGAUCACAACCAGACUGCCUACUUCCCUCGAUUUGUAGCAACCAGGUGGCUGGCAGUGAACCUUGAGUUCCUGGGUAAUGGUGUUGUUCUUGCUGCUGCUAUUCUCUCUGUGAUGGGCAAAGACACUCUGAGUCCUGGGAUUGUUGGUCUAGCGGUAUCUCACUCCCUCCAGGUGACAGGCAUCCUCAGCUGGAUCGUGCGGUCAUGGACGGAUGUGGAGAACAACAUCGUGUCAGUCGAGAGAGUGAAAGAGUAUGCAGACACACCCAAGGAGGCUGCAUGGAGCUCAGAAGACAUUUCACUACCACAUGAUUGGCCUCAAACAGGAAGCAUGGAGUUCCAGGAUUAUGGGCUUCAGUACCGGAAAGGUCUUGAGUUUGCUCUGAAAGGGAUCUCACUACGAAUCCAAGAAAGAGAAAAGAUUGGCAUUGUGGGUAGGACCGGUGCAGGGAAGUCUUCACUGGCCCUAGGAAUCUUCCGCAUCUUGGAGGCUGCCAAAGGAGAGAUAUACAUAGAUGGGAUGAACAUUGCUAAGCUUGGACUCCAUGAUCUGAGAUCCCGCAUUACUAUUAUUCCACAGGAUCCAGUGCUGUUUUCUGGAUCCUUGCGUAUGAAUCUGGAUCCGUUUGACGCCUACUCUGACGAGGAAGUUUGGAACGCCUUAGAAUUGGCGCAUCUGAAGCACUUUGUCUCCGGGCUGCCUGACAAGCUUAAUUAUGAGUGCUCAGAAGGAGGAGAAAACCUUAGUCUUGGCCAGAGGCAGCUAGUAUGUUUGGCGAGGGCUCUUCUCCGGAAGACGAAGAUCCUGGUUCUGGACGAAGCCACGGCAGCAGUGGACCUGGAAACAGACACGCUAAUCCAGUCCACCAUCCGCAGCCAGUUUGAGGACUGCACAGUGCUCACCAUUGCACACAGACUCAACACCAUCAUGGACUACACCAAGGUUCUUGUCAUGGACAAAGGCCACAUAAUGGAGAUUGAUUCCCCCGCUAACCUGAUUGCACAGAGAGGCCAGUUUUAUCGGAUGUGCAGAGAAGCUGGGUUGGUGUAAAAGGGUGCUCUCAAGCGGUGCUCUGACCUGGUUUUUUAGCACACUGGCGCAACCUUGUGGUGGCCUUCAUGCAUCGGUCGCACCGGGAGGCCUCCGCCUGCUGGUCAGUGUCAUAAUACAGAAAGAAAGUAAAGCUAUAAAAGCAACAUGGUGCUUCAGUAAAUAGGAAGUGGUAAUGAUUUCCAGGAAUUCCAAGCAUGAUUUAUUUCUUUAUUUUUUUUU